GAUGCUUCUGAGCACAGAAAGCCAUAUGCAACAGUGCUAAGGUCCUGAUGACAGAACAAGAAUGGAAGUCAAUUUAUUCAGCAAUUCUACUGUUGUAAACAGUUCAUCCAUCAACCAUAAGCAGUUAGAAGGGCACAGCCUCUGGGAAGUCAUUACUAUUGCCACUGUAACUGCAAUUGUAAGCUUAAUAACAAUAGUGGGAAAUAUUCUUGUAAUGAUAUCCUUUAAGGUUAACAGUCAGCUCAAAACUGUCAACAAUUAUUACUUGCUCAGCCUUGCCUGUGCAGAUCUCAUCAUUGGGAUAUUUUCUAUGAACCUUUAUACGUCCUAUAUACUCAUAGGCCACUGGACUCUCGGAAGCCUUGCCUGUGACCUGUGGCUAGCACUGGACUAUGUAGCUAGCAAYGCCUCAGUAAUGAACCUCCUCGUCAUCAGUUUUGACAGAUAUUUUUCUAUCACRAGGCCUUUGACUUACAGGGCCAAACGCACACCCAAAAGAGCUGGCAUCAUGAUUGGUAUGGCUUGGCUAAUUUCCUUCAUAUUGUGGGCGCCUGUGAUCUUGUGCUGGCAGUAUUUUGUGGGUGAGCGAACRGUACCACCUGAAGAGUGCCAGAUACAGUUUCUGUAUGAACCCAUUAUCACCUUUGGUACUGCAAUUGCUGCUUUUUACAUUCCAGUGUCUGUGAUGACCAUUCUGUACUGCCGCAUUUAUAAAGAGACAGAGAAACGCACCAAGGACCUCGCUGAACUGCAGGGCUCAGAGUCUGUGGCAGAGUUUGAGACAAUAAAGCCUCAGAAAACUCUCCUGAAGUCUUGCUUCAGUUGCAAGCAACAAAACUUGGUCAAAAGAGAGAGGUGUCAGGCUUCUUGGUCUUCAUCUAGCCGAAGUACAUCAGCUACAGCGAAGGCCUCUCAGGCAGCGAGCACUUGUAUGGACUGGGCUAAGGCUGACCAGUUAACCACCUGCAGCAGCUACGCAUCCUCAGAAGAGGAGGAUAAACUCGCCACCGACUCAGUUUUCCAAGUAACUUACAAAAGUCCAUCUAAAAGUAAGGCGGAAGAGUAUAAUGAGACUACAGAGGUUGUUGUCAAAGACCAGCCUGAAGGAAAUGAUUUUGAGAACCAGAAAUACUUCUUGUCACCUGCCAAAGACCAGAAAAGUAAAAAAUGUGUGGCCUAUAAAUUCCGCUUGGUGGUUAAGGCUGAUGGCACCCAAGAAGCCAACAAUGGUUGCCGCAAAGUAAAAAUAAGUCCUUGUUCUGCUGCUCUGUCAAAGGAACCUUCCAUCAAAAGCAUGGAUCCAAAUAUAAACAACCAAAUCACCAAAAGGAAACGGAUGGUUCUGAUAAAGGAACGCAAGGCAGCACAGACUUUAAGUGCCAUUCUUUUGGCUUUUAUCCUCACAUGGACUCCCUAUAAUAUCAUGGUUUUGAUCUCCACAUUUUGCUCCGACUGUAUUCCCCUGACACUGUGGCACCUUGGAUAUUGGCURUGCUAUGUGAACAGCACUGUUAACCCCAUUUGUUAUGCCCUCUGUAAUAAAACUUUCAGGAAGACUUUCAAGAUGCUGCUUUUCUGCCAGUGGAAAAAGAAAAAAGUGGAAGAGAAACUAUACUGGCAAGGCAAUACCAGACUGCCAUAACUGUUCUUGUAUAAGGAAUAAGGGGAAAUACAGAUAUUGAUGUAUCUAGCAAAUUGUCUUUUCAAAGCUGUUGCUGUUGUGUCUAGUGGUUAAAAAAAUCAGCUGAAACUAAAUUUUGCAUGAAAGUAGUGUGCUUGGGAUAAAAAACUCAGUGGCUGCUAUGAGCAGCACAGGUUGUUUUYGACUAUGCAGUAGAAUUGCAUCACAAUUAUUGUGUUUGGUGUCUUAUGUCCUUUCUCUCGGCUUGAAAACAGGUAGAGUAAAUUAUAAACUACUAGAAAUUGGACUGGGAUGGUGAUCCAGUCAUCAUGUCAGGUCACCCAGUCUGUCUCCCUGUAGAGCAGAACUGUUUCUUCCUAUAGUUCUCUGCUGGUGCAUUGUCUAUUCAGUUUUCAAUGUACUGAGCAAUGCAGCUUGUGCUACUUCUGUCUCAGACUUUACCAUCUGCUUUUGAGGUGAAACAAGGACUGUCUAAAGGGGUAAAUGCUGUAAUCCCCAAUACUGAAUAGUUAGGGAGAUUCAUAAUAUUCCAGAUGAGCACACACAUUAUAGGAGAAUAUAAUACUGAGAAAAUUUCUACUUUAAGGAUGACUCUUGUGUGCACAUAGGAAGGGCUCAUAGUGGAAGCGUUCAUACUGGAAGAAAUGUAUUUUCUACAUGAAGAAGCCAGUCCCAAUUUCAUUUUCAUCAUGCAAGUUACUGUAAUUUGUGAAAAAGAUGAUGGUUAGAAAAUACCUCUGAAUUUCUCUACYUGCCAGUACCUUUAAAGGAAAUUUUAUAAUUUUAUUCAAUAGUGACAAUGGCACAAUCAGAACUGACUGUAAAGCAUAAUGGACACAGUCUAUCUACAAUGCAAGGAAGGUCUUUUUCUCAAUCUCCUUUGUUGUGAUAUACCUUGCUCCAAAAUUUUCCGUUACAUUUCCCCAUGUAUAAACAGUGAGAGUACUGUCAUCCUUUAGAGGGGAAAGAUUAUCUUAAGCAACUUUUAAAUGUUUCCAUAAAACUUUYAAGAACAAUUUGUAUUCUUUGUCUUUAAAUAGCUUUACAAAUGCUAGUCAACAUCGGGUGCUUGGAAAUGUAAGUUAUUUUCAGGCACUCUCUUUUGGUCCAGCAGAGCCACAUCUGCUACAGWACUGGGGCAGGAGUCAACCCCUCUGGUGGCUGUGGCUUCAGGGUCUGGGUCAUACUGGCCUAGUUAUGAGCUGAGACUGACCUCUAGCUGAGAUUUGAGAGGGCUUUGGGAACCAGAGCUGAACUGCCUGUGCCUGCCUAAUGUCAGUGUUAGAUUGGCAGGAGUCCUGCAGCCUGACCGAGGGGUGGGUAAGCGAGGGGCUGCCUKCAGCAGGGGAUGGAGCUGGUGACCCGGCUCCUUGCGGUGGGAACAAACCAGAAGCCYCGGAAAAGGUCAUGAGAAAACAAACGUAAUGGCAACAGGAGUCAUGAGGCAUGAAAGUCCUAAAGAAAACAAAUGUUUAUGAAGAAAUGAGGAAGAUUUUCAUGUACACAAAGUUCAAAUUCAGUUCUAGCCUUUCUAUAAAAAAUUCUCUGGAAAAUUAUUUUGGGACAAUCUUCCUACAAUCUACUAUACACUUUAGUGGGACGUUGCAGUGGUGACAUUACCCAGUUGCACAUUUCAGGGAAUGUAUUAGUUAUCAUGAAUGUUAGUUAUCAUGAAUGUAUUAGUUAUCAUGAAUCAUUGCUCUCAGUGAAAUUGUUUGUAUAAUUUAUUAAAUUAUCAUACUAUCAAAAUGUUUCCCUGCAGAUAGAUAAAUACUCCAUGUCAACAAUCACAGUACAAGUAAUUAACAUUUUUUUAGCCCCAGUGUCCACAGGGUAAAAUUGUGUCAGUGAAAGAUUAGCAGGGUACUAAUGUAAAAAUAUGUUCUCUAACUUCACGAUUGAUUUUUUAAAGCACCAUACUGUGCCUGUUAUUUUUUGUGUAUUAGCAUAUGAUUACUUAGGAAAACAGAGGUCUUUAUUAAGACCCUUUCAUCAGCUUUGCUCUGUCACUAUCCAGAGCUUUUCCUGUGUACAGUAACUAUGUACAAAUUGGUUAUUAGGGUGGGUUUAUUUUAUAUUACAUCAGAUCAGACAUUCAGUAAACUAUGCUUGAUUUUUAGCAAAUGAAUGUGUCUCUCUGGGGGCAUGAGCUGUAGUUAAAGCAAAAUUUAUGAGGUACUAACAGUUCCUGCUAGCUGCACUGUUCUGGCUAAAGUGAAGCAUUGGCUCCUAUUGAAAUUAAAUGGGGUAAUUUUUUUUGCUUUCGGCAUCUGUUGAACAAGAAUGUUCUGUAAAUGUUAUGGACUCUCUGCUCAGUAAAUGUACUAGAAUACACAGUGAUGGAUGCAACAAUGUUGGUUCAAUGUAAUUUUGAAAUAUAAGCUCAAAUUAUGCUGCUAACACCUAACCAUGUGAGAGAUUACAUGGCCAAAUACGAGUGCAUUGUAAAUACCAAGAAAUAUAUAAAGAGGUGUGUAUUGCUUUAUUGUUAUGUAGGAUGUUUAUUCUUAAAAAAAGUCAAAACCACAAAAAGACUUAUGUGGUCCUUAUCAGAGUAUCAGUACUUGAUUAUAUUUUGUACCUUUAUAAAGUGUUGUGGGACUUCUGCAGUGUGGGACAAUCUUGUUAUCUGUAUUUCUGUCCUAAUGAAAUUUUUACAGAUCCUGUAAUUGAUUAUUGUCAU